UCAUCAAGUAAAUCCAUGGAAGAAACUCUUGAAGAGAGCAUUGGGGCCCAGCAAUACUACUCCAUAACGCUGGGUGUGGGGCCUCUGUGGUGGUCCGAUGCGCCCCAUGCCGCAUUGUCUGUAUCUGCAGUCAACACAGAGAGCCGCGGCGUGGGGAUUAAACAGAGUCAGCUCUCUGUGAGCUCACACAUUGUUUCAGAGGAGGAGUUAUUGAAAGCUAUUAAGGAUAAUGAUUCACUACGUUUGAAGUUCACUCUACAUUUGACCGAGACAACUUCAGUCGAAUGGGAGACACUGAUAUGGCGAGGUACACUUUACAUCGGGGUACCAAGCUGUCUUCUUCCCGAAGGCUCCAAGGAGGGCUUCGUGUCACUCUUGGAGUACGCAGAGGAGGUACUUCACUGCAAAAACAUUGUCGUUUGUCUACGCAAAUAUCGAUCUGAUCGAGCAAUGCUGGUUCGUACCUUCAUGUUCUUGGGCUUCAACGUCCUGCCCCCGAAUCAUGCACUUGUUCCACCCAAUUGUGAUUCGGGUAAUCUCUACAUGUUGUACGCCGUGGAGUAAUUCAUCAAGCUCCCGAAUUUAUCCCUUCGAAAAUCCAUAAUCAAUUAAAGAAAGAAAAUCCUCAGCAUGAAAGAAAAACUCUUGAAGCCUUCGCGGCCGUCAUUAGCAUUAUUUUUCGCUUCCGGAUGGAUUGGCGCAGUGCUAAACACAACGCGGCAUCCAUACGGAAGGGAAAAAUAAUGAAAGAAAAAUUAUUACAAUUUUGAUUUCUGCUGCGCGCGCAUGUGCUGUAGUUUUCGAUACAACCAAUAUUAUCGAAAAUUACUGAGCAGCAUCCUUAUUUUUCCAUUUCGAGAGAAAAUUCAAUAUUCGUAAAGAGGGGUAGAAUAUUGACAAAUUCGUCAGACUUACCCCGAGGAUUUAAAAUUAUUUGUAACAACGAACCAUUUUACUUACGAACGAACGUUGCAGAGGAAAAAUUACUAUUAGAAUCUCUAAUCCAAAACCUCGAAGGGAUAAAUUAAUUACUAAACUCGUGAGAUAAACGACAAAGUAUAGUUGCGAAAACGUAGAUCUAGAUGCUUUCAAUUUUCAUUCUCUGAAGCUAUGAAUUAACAUCUAUUUUCAAUGAGAAGCUCACAGAGAAAGCUUUUCCUUUCUCCCCACGUAUUUCAGAGUGGCUUGAAUCAUAUAUGAUGCGAAAUAAAUCCUCAUGGAUUAUGCACAUCUGUAUUUGCUGCCAUUCGAAAAAACUUGUUAUCGUUAAAUUUCAGUGUUAAUUAUUGUGGCAGGUUUGGAAUUAUCUGUCGAUUAAUUAAUGAGUACAUUUAGGAAUCUAUUAGUUAUAUUGUAAGAUGCAUUACAAGUAUUAUCGGCAAUUUAGUAAUAUGUAUUUUAGGAUUGAGUGGUAGAACAAUUUAUUAUUAUACUUGUAUUUUUCCGUGGUGUUUCAAUGACAAUUACGAUUAUUAUUUCAUGAUUUACAUUUUUUCUGCAUUGAUAUAAUUUUAUAAUGAAUAUCCAAAAUUUACAAUUACUUUUAUCAAGCAUUUUACGAUUACUUUUGAUGGAAAAAAUUCAAAGGAAUUUAAUUAAUCUGAUAGUUGCUGAAAUAUUUACUAUUGAUACGUUUUCUCCGUGAAUUUUCAUCUUGGAUGAAUUGAUUUCUACAAUCCAAUAGUGACUCGAUAAUUUUUGACAUUUUUCAUUAUAAAGUUGAUAAAAUCCUUUAAAUUGUCAUUGAUGCAUCUCAGUUGAAUCAACAAUAUAUUAUUUUCCUUUAUUCCUUUAUUAUAGUAAUAGUUCGUUAUAAGACACAUAAUUCCUAAUCGAUUAACUCUGAAGUAUUGACGUUAACAAGUGCGGCAUCUGUGUUACUCAGCAGACAAAAAUAAAAAUAAAAAUGUAAUAAAAAAAUGUUAAACGACAAAAAUGCAAAAAAAAAUGUAAAAAUACUAAAAUUAAGGACAAGAUUAACACAUUCACAAACAUUGGUAGAAUCAAGAGAAUGAUAAGGAGUUGGUUAAAUUUUAUUAAACCUCAAUUCGGAAGUUACUAACAACAGUAGAAUGAAUCGUUUAAACUGUUUGUUAAGUCUGUAAUUUUUUUCUGAUAAAUCAUGAAAAUAACAUAUAUGGCCAUUAUUAUUAGUAUUCAGUUCUGACUAUCGUUUGACUUAUCCAUCAGCCGGGAAUAAUUCUUACGUAAAAAUUCAAACAUUAUUAAAAAUAAAAAAUCAUAAAGCGUAAACAA